AUGAGCACACCAACACCGCCGUAUGCAUUGCUACGCAACAUCCUCGCCUCCGCCAGGACAAGCUCCGUCAUAACAAGACCAUUCACAUCACAAUGUCGACAGACUUCUACGAGGACAUCUUCUGUCCACAACGCCCAAUGGAUCGGUAAACGACAAUGGAGCUCUUCCGCUUGGAGGGCGGCAUCUCCACCAGGUCGCGAUGACCCACAGCCAAAGGACGACAAGACGAAAGCGGCAGAGCCUCAAAAGCCAGAUGAGCGAUUCUACAUGCCACCGCCGCCUGAGCAUAUUCAACAGAGGAUUGAUGCGGCAAUCAUGGAUGCUGCAAGAGCUGCUGCUCCUGCCCGACCAACCCCACCGCCGCCGCAACCAAAGCCCGAACCAAUUAAGCCUGCGCCACCAAUCGAACAACAACCUACUGAACCCGCACCUACCCCAGUAUCAGAAAUUUUGGAAGAUGUUCAGAAAGAGACACCGCCUGUAGAGGAGCCGGUAAAGACCGAGGCGGAGAUUGUAUCUGAGAAGAUCGAGAAGAUGGCAAAAGAGGAAGCUGUAGCUGCAGAACAGGCACUACCCUCGACCCAACAAGCGCAAAGAUGGCAUUUGUCGAAGAGGGUACAAGAACGUAUGGAUGAGCUGCUGGCCAAAGCUGCGCUUGUUAGUCACAAGGUCAACAACUACACUGGCACAGACUACUCUGGUAUUGAGCGCUUGCGUCGCGACAUUAUCGAUCAAGAACAAGUAGUCAAAGCCGCCCACGCCGAAGUCACAGCCGCAAAAGUAGCCUACACGACAUCCUACAGCCAACAAGCCGCCUCUCAAAAGGAAGUCGUCGGUCUCCUCGAACGCAAACACUCUUGGUCAGCCUCCGAUCUCGAACGCUACAUGUCUCUGAUUCGCUCCGAACACCUCAACGAACAAGCCGUACAGGCCGCAAAAGAGCAUCUCGCAAACGCCGAACGUGAGCUCGAAGACGCCAGAGGAAAGCUGGAAAAGAAGGAACGCAAACAAUAUCACGAAGAGCAGAUUUGGAGUGACACAAUUCGUCGCAACAGCACUUGGGUUACAUUUGGUCUUAUGGGUCUGAAUAUCUUCCUGCUACUGGCCAACUUGGUCAUCUUCGAGCCCUGGAGAAGGCGAAGGAUUGUCAGGGAGAUCAAGACAGCUCUGGACGAGAAGACGACAAUGGCUCCAUCGAUGGCUCCUGCUGUUGAGGCAGAGGUUGACAAGGUUGUCGAGCCUGCGGGUCAGACGCUUGAGAAGCUAGAGGAAAAGGUUGUCGAGACUGUCGAAACGGCUAUACCAGAAGCCAUGCCAGAGGUCGUGUCAGAAGUUGCACCUGAUGUACAACCCGAAGCCAUGGCCGACAGCGAAAUCGCAGUCGGAGAAACAACACUAGCAGCUGGUGAAGUCCUUCCAGAAGAAGCCGUCGAAAUCAGCGACCCCAUCGCAGAGAUGAACGAAGCCGCCGAGAAGGCUAUUGAAGAGCCGGUACAACGACGAGAACCCGAGAACUGGGAGGAGAGAUUCGCCCUAUGGAAGGAGAUUCUGUCGACCAAUCUGGCUCUCUUCAAGGCCAAAUUGCAAGACCUCUUCUCUGACCGUCAAGUCACAGUCAAGAGAAUUGACGUGACGACGAUAGCUCUUGAGGGAGCUGCAGCCGGUGUGGCUGUAGUCGGACUCGUAUGGGCGCUGCUCACCACCCGAUCAUGA